UGGUGUUCCGGGUUUCCAUGUCUUUUGUCCCCGGAACUCGCUCUCGCUCCUGGGUGUCCAGCAGGGUUUUCUAUUCGCAUCUGGAUCCCAGCACCACUAGCAAACUGUCCAGGGUCCCGUCCUACAGAAACCACGUUCUCCUCAAGUCUGGAAACGGGAGCGAGAAGCGUCGCCUACUUUCCCCCCGUGGCUUAUACCUUUCGUCGAAGUUGUGAAGCUCAAGUCUGAUACAGAGAGUUGAUUUUUUUCGUUGCCUGCAGUGAAAAAAGUUUUCACAUGUUGUGAGAACUGCUCUUCUGUCGCUUGUUCGCGUUUUUCGUCCGCUCGCUCCGGAACUCGACGCAUAUGUUGCGCAUCCGCGCCGGUGAACGCACGACGUUGGCGCACACUUUGACGCUCGUUUGCGCUUAGUUCUUACGGGCAGUUACCGAACCGUGAAUGAAGUUUCUGUUUCAUGAAACUCAGCGCGCGGCUCGACGAAACUUUGCCCUAGCGUCCACGCACCUGAGCGGCCGCUUUUACGUGUACUUUUUACCUUUGUGCUGUAGUUUUUUUUAGUUCUUACGCUCUUAAGUGACACAGAAUGAAGACGCUGCUGGUUGUGUGUGUAGCCUGCACGCUGGUUGCGUUGUCCGUUUCGGCGACCGCGGAGCAAAGGUUGAAAAACUGCAACGAAGUUCGAGCAGCCUACAGCUCCAAAGGCUUCAACGUGAACGACGUCCCCAACAAAGGAGUCAACGGAGCCUCUUUGAAAGUGUGUCCGCAAGGUUUCUCCUGCUGCACAGCGGAGAUGGAGGAGAAGCUGAGCCAGCAGAGCCACUCGGACAUGAAGGCCCCCGUCUCCAGGCUUAGCGCCAGCCUACAAGCCAACUUCAAACAGAAGCAUGAAAACUUUGACAGGUUUUUUCGGGAGCUUUUGAAAAACGCAGAGGUCUCCCUGCACAACAUGUUUGUGCGAACGUACGGCAUGAUGUACGUGCAGAACGCCGAGCUCUUCAAGAACUUCUUCGAGGCCCUGAACCGAUACUACGUGUCCGGCAGCGCCGCGGUCAACCUGGACUCCAUGCUGUCGGACUUCUGGGCCGACCUGCUGGAGAGGAUGUUUCGGCUCGUCAACGUGCAGUACGAGUUCAGCGACUCGUACAUGGAGUGCGUCAGUCGACACACGGAGCAGCUGCAGCCCUUCGGCGACGUGCCCCGCAAGCUGCGGCUCCAGCUCACGCGGGCCUUCAUUGCGGCGCGGACCUUUGUGCGUGGCCUAGCGCUGAUGCCAGAGGUCGUCAAUAAAGUGAACACGGUCAGUGCAUCUCCCAGCUGUGUGCGCGCCGUUAUGAAGAUGAUGUACUGUCCCUACUGCUCGGGCCAAGUGGCCCUGAAGCCCUGCCAGAACUACUGUCUGAAUGUGAUGCGUGGGUGCUUGGCCAACCAGGCGGACUUGGACACGGAGUGGAACAACUUCCUUGAUGCUAUGCUCAGUCUAGUUGAGAGACUGGAAGGUCCUUUCAAUUUUGAGUCGGUCAUGGAUCCCAUUGACGUUAAGAUAUCCGACGCCAUCAUGAACAUGCAGGAGACCAGCAUGCAAGUGUCACAAAAAGUUUUCCAGGGUUGUGGUCAGCCUAAGCCAAGCAUGGCCUUCCGCUCCAAACGUUCUGUCAAGGAAACUGGCUUCACCGGGCGCUUCCGACCCUACAGCCCCGACGCUAGGCCCACCACUGCUGCUGGGACCAGCUUAGAUCGAUUGACAAAUGACGUGAAGAAGAAGCUGAAACACGCAAAGAAGUUCUGGUCCACAUUGCCUGAUACUGUGUGCGCAGGUGAAAGGAUUGCACCUGGGGAUGAAUGCUGGAAUGGAACAGCAAAAAGCAGGUACGAGUCAGUUGUCAUUGGCAAUGGAUUGGCCAAUCAGGUCUCCAAUCCUGACGUGGAUGUGGACAUCACAAAGCCAGACAUCGUGAUUCGCAGUCAGAUUGCAGUUUUGAAAGAGAUGACGAGCCGACUUAAAGCUGCACACAGUGGCAAUGACAUCUCUACUGGUGAUGAUGAAGUGGAGGAAAGCAGCGGAGAGGAGAGUGGCAGCGGGUGUGAUUCUCCAUCUUGCAACACAGACCGAGACAUCUACUUCUCCACUCCAUCGAGCACUCGGGUCAAAGGAGUGCCUCCAGAUUCUGCUGGCAUUGCGAAACAGGGGAGCAUGGCGCUGGCGCUCUGCGGGCUUGUCUUGGCCCUGCUUGCUCCCCACUUGAGAUAAAACUAACUGGGCAGCGAGAGGAAAAGAAUGACCAUGAAUAACGAAGUGAGGACAACUGUCAGAGACUUUAAAAAGACUGCCUUCAGGACCUUGGUCUGUCCGCUACUGGGGGAAGACGCUUCCUAAUAUUACAAUUACUUCACUUUUAUUUGUGUGUUUAUUUUUAAGGUCAUCAAUGUACAGCAAUAUGAUUCUCUUCCCAAGAAGUCUUUUUUUCCUUUUCUCCCCCAGACAAACCUUUAAUCCAUGAGGCUCCUUUUGGAGCUUCUAAGUGGUUCUGUUUGCAGCAUUACAGACAUAAUAUAAUUGUCCUAUUCUGGCAAUUUAUCUCAUAAUUCAUGUAUGAUCUUCCUGAAUGCUGCCAUCUAGUAACUGAAUUGUAAGCGGGACGUAUUGGUAGAGCAUUGAGUGCCUGUGGUGGGACACAUAGUCAUAUUUCCAAUGAAAUCAACCAGUCAUGUUGUUGUGAAUGUUCAAAGUUCAUAACCAUUUUGCAUAUUAUGAAUGUGCAUACUGUGAAUGUUUGUUUGUCUAAUGUGCAUUUAUAAAAUUUCAUACAUCAGCCAGUCAGAAAUUAUGAAGCUAGGUGUUGAUCACAAGCAAGGAAUAGUUAGAGCUGCACUCACUGUACUUUGGAGAGACAUUAACACCUUCUCGGAGCAGCAGAAAUGGCUCAGAAAUAUAGUGAGAAAGGUUACAGCACAGGUAUUAAUGUAGGAUCCAAAGAUGGAAUGGAAGAACUUUUGGGACUUAUUGUGAGCCUAGACAUGCAUAUUGUAUGUCUGCUAUAAGAAUGAUCACAACAUACUUUUUUUUUCAAAUUUAUUCGCUCCGCUUUAAUGCUUCAAAAGUAUGAUCAUACCUCGUGUGGCUUCAGCAUCGAUGCAAUGUCGUCAUGCCGAGUUGAAAGUGUCUGAGAGUUGAGAUACGUGGCUGGCGUUGUAGAGAAAGGUAACUAGCGUGGAAGGAGGAGGAGGACUCCCCUGGCAUGACCCCUGGAGAAGGCAAAGCUGACAGGUCCUGAAAGGCCCUUUUACUGUAAGCUCAGUUCAGCUCAGAGGAUCUGACUCUACAGUCUUACUGUUUGAUAAGUGCCGUGGUGAAUCAUGCGUUCAGAGUUUCACAUCGAACUAGAGAAGAGGAACAAACAACAGUGCUUUGAUCAAAUUAAAUCAGAAGUUUAUUUUAAUACAGGGUUUUAUGUUGAAGAGGUGUUUUAGCUAUUUUGGUAUGAAGAUAUAUAUUAGGUACUACAGUGGAUUUAUCUGCUAGUUUUAGGUGGUGGAGAGGACAGUGUGCACAGAACAUGGGGUCACUUUUUGUCAGUGGUCUGGGGGCUGUGUUGAAACCUUUUUAUUAUUAUUGCUUUGCUCACAUCUCCCCAUUACCAGAAUACACAUUUGUACCUCUCAAAUGUCCUGUGUCAGUAUAAAUGGACUCAUCCUGAUCUGUUAAAUCUACCUAUCCUCAUUUCAUCUUUUUGACUUGAGGUGGAAUGUUGAAGUAUUUUUUAUAAGUGCUACCAAAAUGGAUACAAUGAACGGUGCCUGAUUUUUUUUUAUAACCUUGGUACAAGAUUAGCAGAAAAAUAUAAAUGUUUACUUUGUAUGUAUCUGCUCAACUUCCCCAAUAGUGAGUAGAUUGUUACCAUCAAAUACAAUAGUGAAUUUUCUGUAUCUUUUUUUAUUUGUUAAUUGGGUCUGUUGCAUUUCCUGGGUAUUUUAUCUGUAAAAUGAUGCUGCCUAACCUUCACACAGUAACUUAUGUAUGUAUUUAAAUGUCAGUGCAAACAUGCCUAUACACUAUCCUAACGACAGUAUUCAGGUUUUAGAUGUGGAAAUAUUGAUUUUCAGACAUUUUAAGAUUUGGGAGCUUUUCACAUCUGGCUUUAGAGAAGUCAAAUGUUAAAUACAAUGAGACAUCUAGUUUAAUUUUGAGAUUUACAUCAGUUUACAAUCAACCUGUCAAACCUUUUACAAAAUGAAAAUGUCCCUGAUUAACAGACUUGUAACAAAGGAAAUCACUAUUUGAACAAUUUGCUAAAACAUCUAUGCAACCUGUAUAAAAUACUGACAGCUUCAGGGCUUCAGCAUCUUCAUUUGGCAUGACAUCUGCAUGUAACAGGUUCCCUUCUCAUUUCCAUUCCACCAACAUUUCUGAUGGUUUUGUGCAUGUGGUUGUGUGGAGUGUGAAGAACCCAGACUAUCUGAAAGUCUGAGGAAAAAAGUUUUGGGUGACGAUGGUAAAUGUCUGUGCUUGCGGGCCAGGGCAGCAACAUUUUCCAACUGGCAGAAGUUGAUCCAACUGCUGGGUUGCUCAUGUGAUUCAUAAGACAACUUCAGUCUAGUGACUUUAAAGUAGAGUUCAGAGAGAUGUUGAAACCUUUCCAUCUGCCUUUGGCCCCCAAGAACAGAAAGAACUCACUUUCUAAGGAGAGAGUGAGUGACUUGACUGAAAAGAAUAAAUGUGUAAAUAAAGAGCAGCCGUUUUUAGAUGUCUCUAAAAGAGGCCAUAACAGUACACCAGAUUUUUACUUGUCAGAGUUAUCUCCUAAAUGUUAUGAAAAAACUGAGAUGAGAUAGAUGUUAAAUUGUAAGAGAAAGUGUAUAUUAAACAUUUCUUAGUCUUGUUGAAUUAAAGACUGUUGAUAUUUAAA